GAAUUUCCAGUCUUUUAGAAUGAGCAGACCGGUCCCUCCACCCCUUCCUGUUGUGAGAGGACUGUAGGAGAAAGUGUAAUAGUUAAAGAGGGCAACUGGAGUGGCAGUGUCCUCUGGUUUGAUCCUGGUCUCAGUAAGUGCUAGAACAGAGAGACCAGAAUGUGAAGCAAUAGCUGUAAAAGCUGUAAUUAUAUGUGAAAACACCCUAUAGAGGAAAUGUUGAGGUUUUAUCACAGAGUGUUUAAUGUUUAAGUGUCAGUCAUCAUUAGAUCAAUAUGGAGUUGAUUUCUCUUCCUCUAAUUCUCUUGCUGAUUUUAAACAUCCACUCUCAACAAACUGAAGACAUCAGGUUGGUGAAUCAGUAUGGUGUCAACUUGUGUUCUGGAAGAGUGGAGGUUCUUUAUGACGGAGUUUGGGGAACUGUGUGUGAUGAUGGUUGGGAUCUAUCAGAUGCUAGAGUGGUUUGUCGACAGCUGGGCUGUGGUGAUGCUACAGAGGCAAAGAAAGAAGCUUUUUUUGGUCUAGGUUCAGGACAAAUAUGGAUGGAUGAUGUACAGUGUAUAGGGAAUGAAUAUACACUGAAAAACUGUAGAUCAAACGGAAAAGGAAGUCAUGACUGUAAUCACAGGGAAGAUGCUGGAGUCAUCUGCCAAUUUGACAGGACACAAACAACUGGAACACCAAGUACAGCAUGGACCUUGUGGCCUACUUCUUCCACCACUACUGGAGACACACUUACUACUUCACACCCCCAGGAUCACAUGCAAUACAGUACAUCAACAGCAGUGACAACAGCAGAAAGACCAACAGCUCAAGUGUUUGUUUGGCCUGAUGAUCUGGUAUACAGAGGAGAAACUGUCAAUCUCACAUGUGUCAUCAAUGGAGGAGAUGUCUAUAGCUGGCAGUACAGCUGGUAUAAAGAUUCAUCACUUUACAACAUCAGUGACCUUCAGUAUUACACAAUCAGAUUUGUUAAUGAGUCUGACAGCGGAAACUACACCUGUUUAGGAUCAGCAACCAACAGACCACAAUCCUCAAACAUCAGUGAUGCAGUUACUCUGACAGUAUCAGCUUUACCCAGAGCUACAGUGAAUGUAACACCAGAUGGUCCUGUGUUCACUGGAGAGACAGUCACUCUGAUGUGUGAGAUAGAGGAUCAGAACAGUAACUGGACAUAUCAGUGGUAUAAACGCAGUACUGAAGUGUUUAACUCUGAAAAUUACACUGUAAACGGAGACUAUCUCACUAUUAAUGGAGUUACUGAAUCUGAUCAGGAUGAGUUCAACUGUAGUGCAGUGAUAUUCGGACGACCACAGACUUCACUAUCAAGCUCUAAUGUUAAUCUCACUGUGAAGGCUUUACCCAAUGCUACAGUGAGAGUAACACCAGACAGAUCUGUGUUCACUGGAGAGACAGUCACUCUGAAGUGUGAGAUAGAGAAUCAGUACAGAUCAUUAAACUGGACAUAUCAGUGGUAUAAACGCAGUACUGAAGUGUUUAACUCUGAAAAUUACACUGUAAACGGAGACUAUCUCACUAUUAAUGGAGUUACUGAAUCUGAUCAGGAUGAGUUCAACUGUAGUGCAGUGAUAUUCGGACGACCACAGACUUCACUAUCAAGCUCUGCUGUUAAUCUCACUGUGAAUGGUGAGUUUUACAUCAGUGUCUAUAAAAUAGAGAAAUAA